UCCUAGCUAAAAAGCUGGCCACAGUAGAAGCUUAGCCUAGUUCUAACCUAGCAACAAUGCAGACUUGCCUCAGUUUUGGCCUCCUCUCAGCACUGAUAGCCGGUGGUAUUGCUCUGAAAUGUGAAGUUUGCAUCGGUCAAGGUCACAACUGUUCCGGUAAUAUAGAAGUAUGUCCUCCAGAACAUGAUUUUUGUGGCAUUACUGCAUUUGAAAGUGUAUUGGAAGAACUUCAGGCUCAGGGGAUUAUUAAAAGCUGUGUUCCAUCAAGUAUCUGUGAAGGUGGUUCUGCUCACAUUAAUCUGGGUAAAAAAGGAAGAUCAAGGACGAGUGUUUUUUGCUGUAAGCACGAUGCCUGCAAUACAGAUUUUCCAGUCAAAUUGCCAGAACUAGAUACCAAGGUCAAUGGUCUUCGGUGCCCAGCCUGCUAUGCUUCAUUUCCUGAUUCUUGUAAGGAUGACAUUGUUGAUUGUGUUGGAUCCGAGUCUCAGUGCAUUGAUUUGGCUGGAUACAUAUAUUUUGAAGAAACAUCUACAAAAGUUGCCAUGAAGGGCUGCACUACCCAUGCUGUCUGCGAUGCUACCAUUGGAGGUGCAGCAACAUUUAGCCAGGCCAGUUCAGCAAUCACCAGCCUUGUAUGCAUGCCAGCCAGUAGCAAGGCCAGCAGCUCUCCUGGACCAAUGGGACUCUUCUUUUUAGUCAUGAUGGGCUUCCUGAGGCUGCAGCUCGGAUCCUAACGAGCCAAGGGUGUUUAUGAGCAAACGAUGCAGAUGCUAAACCAAAGAUGUUAAUCUUUGGGUCUCUGGUAUCACUGAUGGAAAAAUUCUGGAUGAGCUGAGCAUAAGUUAUUAAGGCCUAAUCCAUUAUCAUGCUGGUUGUUUAUAUUUUAUAGCAUCUAUUAAGGAAAGCGGUUAUUUAACCACCGGUUCUGAUUUGAAUUGAUCGUUAUCAUGGUCAUAGCAGUUGGUGUAAUACUGACAUAUUGAUGUGAUGGUCAAAGACUGAACUCAUUGUUCAUCUCUUAGGAUCAUAUUUGAUACAGCAUUUUUAGCCUUCUCAUUCAAUUUGAUGGGACUUGAAAGGGCAUGUGAAAAAAAAAUGAUGGGCUGUUUUUUCAGGCAAGGUUGAAAAAUUGGAAUCCUUGAUCUUAAUUCUCAAACAGUUGCGAGGGUCCCGUUCUGCACUGUACAAUAAUCUCCCAAGCUGUAUGCAGCUACUUAAGCCCUCAAUAAAAUCCCAAGGGAAAAUGUAAUAUAACAAGUGAAGUCUCCAGAGCCUUUCUCAGCUCUGGAAAAAGCAGGGGCACUUAAAGGGAAUGUCAUCUUGCAGUGAUAUAUGUUUGAAGAUUCUUCUACUGUAAGAUCGUUUCCUCACUGACACUGGCCCCAUGUUAUUUACUGCUGCUGUACCUUCGUGAUAUUUCAUAAAUAUCCUCAUGGCUGCACCCUAGAGUUGUAAUUGAUGAAGGGAGAGACAUGUGAAAGGACCAUCUGACUGAUGGAGGGAAAUUGGUCCUCCAGCUUCUUCCCUCCACCCUCUUUGCUUCUUCCACAAUAUGGGGGUGGGGUGGGGAGAUACUAACCUUCUGGGUAUUCCUGAAGGUACUCAGGGAAAGAAGAAUAUAAACCAAGGAAUUUGAGGACUUUGACUUCAGAUGGCAAUGGAACAAUCCAAGGAAAAGUGAGAUGAGAUGAAGCAGAGGCUCUCCAAAGAGAAGUUCUCUUCUUUGCUACUGUCCUUGAAGCAUUUUGACUGAAGCAGGAACUGAGCUGAAAGUUAAACUUUCCAAAGCUUUUGACAUCAUAAGAAUAAAGGGGUGCACUGCUCUGAAGCCGAUGAUGGCCCACGUGUGGAAGGAGCUGGGGGAAAAAAAAGAGAGAACGUUGUAUAAAAACAGAUGCCUUUUUGAGGGAAGAACAGAUUUUACUUCAGAAUUAGUAUAAAGUUUUCUCCUUUCACACCAAUGUUAGAAUCUUUUCUGUGGCAAAUGUGAAUUUUGAAGAAAUUUGAGUUGCUAGAUGCAGAAGUGGUCUUCUGGCUAUUGAUACUAAGCCAUAAACCCGACUCUCCAUCAUGUUCCCCUACUUAUUGUAAUGAAUGAAUAUGUAUAGUCAUUGACAUUAAACAAGAACAACCAUUUGAUUAAAUCCUUGAUUGAAUUUGGCUUCUAACCAGUUUUUUUUAAUU